UGGGGCGCCGUCUAACUGCUCCUCCCGCGACUCUGGGCAGUGCCUGGCUUCUUCGAGCCACGGCCCGCGAGGACUUCCGUGCCAGACGCCAGGGGCCGGGUGGGAACAUGGCUGCGUCGGGUCUGGAUCAUCUCAAAAAUGACUACAGAAGAAGAUUUUGCCGACCUUCCAGAGCACCUGACAUUAAUACGAAGCAAGGCCAGAACAUACUGGAAAUCUUGCAAGACUGUUUUGAAGAAAAUAGUAAGACAUCUUAAAGGUCUUGCCAAUGAUUUUAGCACAAAUUCUACAAAAUCAUUGCUUUAUUCAACACCUAAAACAGGAGACAUUUGUAUUCAGUCACCAAGCAAAGAGGCUGAAUGCCAGAAAUCUCAAAUGAAGUCAGUUCCAGUUUCUUUAAGGAAGAAAGAAGCCUCUGUUCCAAGUGAAGUUGUCAGCAGAUCAGGUCAGGACCAUGAAGUUCAUCAGCAAAUUUUGGCAGCUGGUAUUGGUUCUAAAAAUACACCUGACUCGAGAAAAAUGUCGAGUAAAAAACUAAAAGAUCAUCGCAGUGAGGCUGAUAAGGAAAUACACUUACCAGUUGGUUCACCUUUUGUUCUUUUGGAUGCAAAAGCUUCUGUAUCACAAAAUGUGAUUCCAUCCAUUGCCCAAAAGAAAGAGGUCUACGCUUCGGAAAAUUCAGUAAAUACAUUGUCUUCAAGUAUGGAGAUUUCUCUUAAAACCAGGAAAAGGUUAAACUUUGAAGAUAAAAAUGCUUUGAAGGAAGUAGAAAUAGCAAAUAAAAUACCAGAAAUAGAGGAUAAAGUAUCAGAAGAACCACAAGAGAGGAAAUCGUCAAGAGCAUCUCAGAAAAGAGUACCAGAUUUAGAAGAUGAAAUUCAGCCACAAACUAAAAAGAGUUUUUCAACAUUGUUUUUAGAAACUGUAAAAAAGAAAAGUGAAUCCAGUCCUAUUGUUAGGCAUAUGGCAACUGCUCCCCUUCACUCAUCUCCUUCAAAUGAUGUGAAUUUGUUAGAGGAUGAAUUUAUAAUUGAUGAAUCAGAAAGAAGUUUUGCCAGUCGAUCUUGGAUUACUAUACCCAGAAAGGCUGGGCCUCUGAAACAAUGCACAGUAAACCCUGCAGAGAACUCUGCACUCCUUCAAAGUAAGAAGUCAAGAGAAAAACAUCACAGUGUAUCACCUGCAAAUUUGACAAGUGACAGACAUUCUGACACAGCUUACCCAGUAGAGAAAUCUCAGCCUUCUGAACAAAAAAGACUGGGUAAGGGGUGUGCUUUGGCAAAUGAACUGGAAAAUCAUUAUGGAUCUACAAAAUAUGAAAUGUAUAAUGAGAAUACAGAAAAAUCGUCUGGAAAGAAAAAGACUAUAAAACAAAAACAGAGAAGAAAAUUUAAGGACAGUGUACCUGAAGAACACGUUGAUGUGGCUCAGUCUAAAGAAAAAAAUACAAAUAUGUCACAUAUCACCCAAGGAAGCAAGAAAAAUAGCACCAAUGUUCCUUAUACAGAGAAUCAGAAAAAAGAUAAGGAAUAUAAAAAGAAACAUUUUCCCAGUGGGUCCAAAAAGAAUAAACUUGUACCUGACGAAGUGACUUCAACUAUUACAAGAAGUCGAAGAAUUUCCAGGCGUCCAUCUAAUUGGUGGGUGGUAAAGUCCGAACAGAGUCUUGUUUAUAGCAAUUCUCCAAGAAGAAAUGAAUUGUCAGUGUGUCACAACAGUAGACGGAAACCUACUGAAAAGUCAAAUCAAUCAACUAAGAACAUUGAGGAAAAAACUAUUCCAUUUAAAGGGCAGAAGAGAACUACUUCGGGCAGCUCAAGAGCACAGGAGUUUUUAAACGCUAAAGAUUCUGGAAGAAUUAUUGACCAUGAUGAAAUUUCCAGUUGUUCCCAGAAUGAGUCAUUGGAAAAUGAUAAGGAAGACCUGGCUAAGAAGAAAAAUCUUCUUAGAGGUACAAGAAGUACAAAGGAUCAAGAUAAUAUGAGUGAACGAAAUGUUCAUCUGGAGUCUCAGAUCAAGGGAUUUACACACAAGACACCAGCAGAAUCUAACAUGGAUUCUAGAGAGCCCAAGAUUUCAGUUUUGGAAGGAAGUGGACCUUUCAGGCUCAAGAAUUAUUUAACACCUGGAAAGAAUAAUUCUGAUGUGGAUGACAAGGAAGUUCAGGAAACUUCAAGUGACUCAAGAGUAAAAAUAUCUACGGUGAUACCAGAGGAUAAAAUACAUCACAAGUUAGUAUUGCCUUCCAACACACCAAAUGUUCGCAGGACCAAGAGAACACGAUUGAAACCUUUGGAAUAUUGGCGGGGAGAGCGAAUAGAUUAUCAUGGAAGGCCAUCAGGAGGAUUUGUGAUUGGUGGAAUACUGUCCCCAGACACAGUAUCAUCUAAAAGGAAGUCAAAAGGAAACAUUGGAAAAGUCAAUAAAAUGGUUGCUAGGAAAAGGAUCUGUCUUGAUAAUGAGGAAAGAAAGAAUAAAUUCAUGGUAAAUCUGAGUAUACCUCUGGGAGAUCCAUUGAAGCCAACAAGGGUAAAGGACCCAGAAACAAGAGAGAUUAUUCCCAUGGAUCUUUUAAGGCCACGAGAUACAUACCAAUUUUGUGUUGAGCAUGGUGAGUUGAAAGUGUAUAAAACACUGGAUACCCCUAUUUUUUCUACUGGAAAAUUGAUACUGGGACCACAUCAAGAAAAGGGAAAGCAGCAUGUUGGCUCAGAUAUAUUGGUUUUUUAUGUUAACUUUGGUGACCUUUUAUGUACCUUACAUGAAACACCUUAUAUAAUAACAACUGGGGAUUCAUUCUAUGUUCCUUCAGGUAAUUAUUACAACAUCAAAAAUCUCCUGAGUGAGGAAAGUGUUCUUCUUUUUACUCAGAUAAAAAGAUGAAAGAUGAAGCAAAGUUUAAAUACAUGUGUGUGUAUAUAUAUUGUGUGUGUAUAUAUGUGGACACAUAUAUAUACACAUACACGUAAA